AGGAUUGAAGAAUUGGAAUUAAAUCAGAAUGAUCUUCAACAUAAUCUACAGACAAAGGAUAGAAUGAUUCAGAACUUGGAAUCCCAGCAUGAAGAAUUUAUUAAGAACACAGAACUGAAAUUGAGAAUGAUGAAGGAAAUGAAAGGCAACGCAUGUUUUGAAGUUAUUUUCCCAGUUUGUCCUGGUGAACCAUUUUAUUGUCGUAGGAGUAAUACUCCCUUAGAAACCAUGAUGGUUGAGCACAUCAAAAGUUGUAAUUAUACUAAGUUUAGUCAUCUAAAGCUAAAUACAGAAGUGAAGGUUACUUUUAAUGCAGUUUAUAUGAUGGAAGAAUCCAGAGACUGGUUUAAAAUCAAGAUAGAGACUUUCAAUCAUCAACAGUUGUCAUACAUCAUGCACCACAGCGAAGAGGAAACAAAGGAUGUGCUCUAUUACAGUAUAAAAUAUUUGGGUGAUAGUAACAUACUCAAAUUUGGACCAGUAAGAUGUGCUCCUAUGGGGAUAUCACUUGAGGAUGCUGUACACAAUAACUUCACAACAAACUUUCCAAACAAUUUUCUUCUAAAAGAUGUGAAAUUUACAAUGUAUAAAGCAUAAUCAUCUUUGUCCACUACCAACCCAUCUCAAACAUAUCAGACAGUGUUUCUAAAAUUAGAAGAAAUAAGAAAUUGAUUGUUAAGUAAUUGAAGCUAUUUUAUGUUAAUCUUAUUACUGAGCUUAUGUUUAUUACAAGUGUUUAUUUCCAGAAAAAGUGAGAACCAUAUUUUUUAUAAAGAAACAUUAAAUUUAAGUGAAAUAGAGGCAAGCCAUUAACUUGUUUAGAGUGUAUGGUUUUAAAUUGGACAUACAAAUGUAAGCUCACCUAAAAGAAUUGUGGACGGAUUACCUAUUUUUAAUAAUGUUUAAUUUCAGAUAUAUUGAAGACCUAAACUGCAAGUAUGAAGUCUAAAAUGAUUAACAUCAAGGAUUUUGAUUUUCAUGAUUUGCUUGACCCUGCAUCCAACCUUUAUGAUGUUGAAUUCAAGAUUAUAGAUAAAAACUCCCAUGAGCUGGGAAUUGUCAGGUCCCACAAGUUCUUGCUGUCCCUCCUGUCCCCUGUGCUGAAGAAGAUGUUUAGCAACCGGGAGGAGGGGUUCAUUGUUGUUGAGCUCACUGGUCCAUCCUUCAUAAGUCUCCAGACCCUCAUCCAGUUCUUAUACACUGGAGAUGAGUCAGUUAUUACAGAUUUAUCCUCUAUUGAUGAUCUGUUUGAUCUGUAUUAUCUGGGAGACAAGUAUGAGCUGCGUGGAGCCAGGUACCUGAUCAAGGAAGUUGUCUCUAGCUUCAAGAUCAACCAGGAGAACUGGAUUCAUGUACUUAAGGGAAUCAAGAAGUACGAGAAUACUUUCCUGUUUGAAGAUCUCUGUAACAUACUACAGGAUCAAGUUCAAGGCUAUUUGAAGGGCUGUCCCUCUUCUGAUGAUUACCUGGAUAAUAUUCAAGAAUCUGAUGAUACAUAUUUCUAUUCCUGGGUCAAAAACUGGAUUCAGAAAUGGAAAAGAUCAGAUACAGGUUUACAAGAAGCAGAUAGGAAGGAUUCACAGGAAAGUGAACUCAAGGAUUUAAAGAUUCAAAUCCAGAAUAUGAAAUAUCAGCAUGAAGAACUUAUCCAGAACACAGAGCAGAAAGAUAAGAGGAUUAAAGAAUUGGAAUUAAAGCAUGAAGAACUAAUCCAGAACAGAAAGAUAAGAGGAUUGAAGAAUUGGAAUUAAAGCAUGAAGAACUUAUCCAGACCACAGAACAGAAAGAUAAGAGGAUUGAAGAAUUGGAA